CAAAACCGAAACUUUGCCUCGCUGUCGGUGGUGCUGCCGCGGGGGUUUGGUGCGUGUACGUGUGCGUCUGUGGGCGCCAGCGUUUCUGUGCCUGCUCUGGAAAGGCCAGUGAUGUGUUAACAAGGGGUUAUGUUAUGCUGGUUUAUGUUAAACCAGAUCACCCCCUAACAUGGAGAAACACAAGCCCUUUGAGUGGUGGUGUUGGAGCUGCUCGAGCUGGAAACCUUACUUUCAUGGUUGGUGGAGUGGAACAAGAAUUUGAUGCUGCCAAAGAGUUGCUGACAUGCAUGGGUACUAACGUGGUCUACUGUGGAGAGGUUGGAACCGGACAGGCUGCGAAGAUCUGCAACAACAUGCUCUUGGCCAUCAGCAUGAUUGGAACUGCUGAGGCUAUGAAUCUUGGAAUCAGAUUAGGCCUUGACCCAAAACUGCUGGCCAAAAUCCUAAAUAUGAGCUCAGGUCGCUGUUGGUCAAGCGACACAUACAACCCUGUUCCUGGAGUGAUGGAAGGAGUACCAUCUGCUAAUAAUUAUCAAGGUGGCUUUGGAACAACACUCAUGGCUAAGGAUCUUGGCUUGGCCCAGAUUUCUGCCACCAACACAAAGACACCAGUUCCUUUGGGAUCCCAGGCACAUCAGAUCUACAGGAUGAUGUGUGCAAAAGGCUAUGCCCUGAAAGACUUCUCAGCUGUGUUCCAGUUUUUACGUGAGGAGGAAACCUUGUGAGCUGCCCUUUGGAAAUGGACACAAUAACAAACCACAGUUUUUUAUUCUUAUAGCUCGUUUGAGAAGUAUGUGGGUUUAAUCAAAUACUGUGCAUUCUGAUCCCAUACAGACUAAUCAUCUUUGUUUGUCUAGAAUACAACAAACUCCAGUUUUUUUUCAUGAUUCUUGAAAAAGCAAGCCAGAGGAAGGUAUUGUUUGGCAAUUAGCCAGACAGUAGUUUCUUUUUUUUUUAAGAACCAUCAAAGUGAUCUUUUUUUUUCACUAGAUGCAAUAAAUAAUUUUUUUUUUUUUAUGAAACACUUAACUGUUUGCAUAUAAAAUAACAUACAUCGUGGGUACAAAAUGAAGUGAGUCUUGAAUAGUAAGAGAAUGUUAUAUAGUCAUUUUAUGGUAUAUAGUGAUCUAUUAAAAUUUUAAAAAAUACUUUAUGGAAAAAGGGAAUAUUUGUUCAAUGAAGAAACACUGUUGGAGAUGGAUUUUUUUUUCCUUGGACCUACUAGCCUUGAGUUGAUCAGUAGUGAAUUUUUCCUGGGAUUCAGGUUGCAGAUUAAGUUUAUAGGCACGCAUUUCUAAGUGGAUAGCUGUUACAGCAUGUUUACCUGACAGACUUAGUUAAAAUAACAUAGAAUGUGUGUCCCUCUUGUAAAGCUCCAUUACUAUAUUUUGCUAACCCAAUUUUAUAUUUUCUUGUAUUCUGCCACACAUUUUCAGAACUCAAGAACAGCACUUACCAGAACUUCUAACAAAGUAUAUAUUUGUUUUAGGUAACUACUGAAAUAUUUUAAAGCUAAACAAACCCCAUUAUUUUGAAAAGAAAUAAAAAUCUA